UAUUGAUCUAACAACGCUAUUUUUUGUGAUUGAAUUGAAGGUAACAAAUACCCGUUCCCACCCUUAGAAGUACAGAAAAAAAUGGACAAAGCUUUAGAGAUCCAGAAGGCGUGUCGGGAUAACGUAAAAAAUCUCCAAACAUACCUCACAGACCUUAAUAACUGGGAGGUUGAGAUGAAACGUAAAGAGGCCGCAUUGAACGGCGAAUUUGAGCAGGACUUACCCCCAGUGAGGAGUAAAGUGAAGAAAGAGAAACCUAUUGUUGAGACCAAAAAGAAGGUUGAAAAACGCAUUCCGUCGUCUGACUACAAGGCUUGGGAUAAUUUUGAUGUUGACAAGGCCUGUGAGGAAAUAGACAUGGAAGAUGUGGGCCCAACGUCCCUAGACAGCAAAAAGAGCCAGCCGGCAAAAAUGGACAAGAUGCGGCAGGAGGCCCAUCAUGAGAAAGAGAGAGGCAACAGUUUUGUAAAGAUGGAGAAAUGGGAUGAGGCAAUUGCAUGCUACAACCGAGCCAUAGAGCUUGUAAAGGAUGAUGCCAUAUACUACGCCAACCGAGGACUGUGCUAUCUCAAGAAAGACAGUCUCCACCAAGCCGAGGCCGACUGUACAACAGCCAUCCGCCUCGAUCCCACCUAUGUGAAGGCCUACCAACGCCGCGCCACCGCUAGGGAGCGCCUAGGGUCUCUCCGGGCUGCCUCACAGGACCUUAACGAAGUCCUAAAGCUGGAACCUCACAACUCACAGGCGAGGAAGCAGAGAGAUGACCUUAGGAACAGAAUGGGAACUAAGGGGCUCAAAUCAAAAUCGUCACCCAACUCAACCCCGACCAGUGAAACCAAGUCCUUCCCGAAGACCGGGCAACCAAAGAUUGUAGAGCUCCAAGAUGAACCGGUGAAGGAAGUCAAACCACCAAGCGAACUGGAACGGUGGAGAGACGGAGUUGGUGAAGGGAUCACUGUUAUUAAACCGGUGAAGAAACCGCCUCAUCUCAGGUCCAAGAGAGCCCUAAAAUCCAUCCCAAUUCACGAGAUUCCCCUCGGCAAAUCGGAACCAGAGAAACCUCCGACCAGACUCCAAAUAGUGGAACUAGAGGACACCCUGUCUCACGGAGACAACAACAACAACGACGACAAGGCUAAGGAGACGCAAAUCGUAGACAACGCGGGAGAUAUGAAGCCUGAUGUGAAGAAAGAAAUAGUCAGUCCAGCAUCAGAGAAGCUGCUAGCAGACCUGCCGCAGAAGGAAGUGCUGAAAGAAAACAUGGUGCCUCCGACCAACAGUGUCCAGUUCAUGCAAGAGUGGAAGAUGCUGCGGGGCAAUGAUCAGGCCAAGUCCGAUUAUUUGAGUAUUAUAGACCCGUCCAAGAUCCCCGCAAUAUUCGCGAACGCGCUCGAAAGCCCGGUCCUCUCGGAGUUCCUUCGUCUCCUGCACAGUGACGUCAGCAAGUUCGCUCACCACUCCGUGACGUCAUACCUGCGCGGGCUGACUGGCGUGAAGAGAUUCACCGCGCUAGCGAUGUUCCUGUCUGACAAGGACAAACACACGCUCAACAGCCUCCUCGAACACUGUAAAACUGUAGAAAACUGCUCAGAAAACGACAUCGCAGAUCUCAAGAACAAAUUCGAACUUUAAGUCAAUAGUCGUAAGGCCUUAGGUAGAUUGUAUUCAAUUUAGACUUCCUCAAUUUAGAAAAUGACUAUAAGACGCCGGGCCAGCGUAUAUGGUUUAAAAGCUUAUAUGCGCGUUUAAUUCGUCUCUUACGCGCUUAUACGCUCCUAACGUUCCCUACAUUUGAUCUAUGCGCGCGUAUAAGCUCGUAGAAAUACGCUCGUAUAAAAAAAAUCUCUGAUACCGCCCCUUAGUUCUGUUUUGUACACUAGUUCGGUAGUACAUCUAAUUGAACUAGCUGAUAUGCUACUACAAUAGGCUACUUUCCUACUAGUCAAAUAAAAUGGAAUUAAUUAUGAUAAAAAACAUAGGGCCGAUUGCACCAAACCGUCCGUCACCGUUAAAGCAUUCGUUAAAUUUUAUUGUAUGGGAAGUUCCAUAGACCUCUGCUGCGUGACGAUGUCUGUCAAAUGUGGUUGAUGCAACUGGCCCUUAGUGACGUCACGGUCAACUCAUUAACUUUUUCUAGCCGAUUUAUUAAAUGAGCCAUUUUUUUUUAAGUUGUCCACCCCACUUUUUUUUGGAUUUGGAAAUUUUUAUGUGCUUUUCACUCAGAUUCGCGAGCUCUUUCAAU